CAUCAUCAGAUUGUGCUGAAAUCAUUUGGGAAUGGGAAGACUGGAGGAUGAGGCAGCUGUACUAGCAAACCAGGCAACUCUGCUCAAGAUAGCCAUAAAACCAGAGCCAUAAGCCAAAGGGAAGAUGUGGGGAAUCAGUCAACUUCUUGCUGCAGCUCUCAUUUGCCUCCUGGUUUGGCAGUUCCUGAAGCUGAGAUGGGCAAGUCGGGAGUUGCCACCUGGACCCAUUCCUCUCCCUCUCAUUGGGAGUGUCUGGCGUUUGGAUCUGAAAUUCAACCAAGAGACAUUCACUAAGCUGGCAAAGAGUUAUGGGAAAAUCUUCACCAUGUGGUUGGGGCACAGACCUAUGAUUGUACUGAAUGGGUUUGAUGCGGUGAAGGAAGCAUUGGUCACAAACUCUGAAGAUAUGACUGGCAGGCCCAUGACGCCCUUUGUCGAUGAUACAAUGAAGGGGAAAGGAAUUCUGUUUGCAACUGGCCACAUCUGGAAGCAGCAGAGACGCUUUAGCUUGAUGGUUCUGCGGAACUUAGGCAUGGGAAGGAAAGGCCUGGAGUACCGAAUACAGCAGGAGGCCUGGCAUCUCAUUGACUUCUUCAGCAAUGAAAAAGGAAAGCCCAUGAGCCCAUCGUUCCCCAUCUUCUACUCAGUCUCCAACGUGAUCAGUGCUGUGGUAUUUGGACAUCGCUUCUCCUAUGAUGAUGAAAAAUUCAAGGAGAUGAUCAUGGGAGUUGACUUUAUGUUUCAUUUUAUGCCCAGUCCUUUUCGUAUUGCCUAUGAUCUUUUCCCAAGCCUGAUGCGCCUCCUUCCAGGAUCCCACAAGAAGGCUAUCUUUUGCGUGGAAGUGGGGCACAAGUUCAUAAGAGAAGAGAUAAGGAGCCACGAGAAGACUAGAGAUCCCAUUGACCCACAGGAUUUCAUUGACUACUAUUUGGAACAGAUAGAAAAAACCAAAGAUGACCCCAUCAGUACGUUUGAUGAUGAAAACCUGGUCCACGUAACGACCGACUUCUUUGCAGCAGGGACAGAAACAACAUCUGUAACUCUUCUCUGGGCCUUGCUUUACAUGGUAGCUUACCCUGAUAUCCAAGAGAAAAUCCACAAGGAACUUCAGGAUGUCUUACCACCUUUUCACAAGAUCUGCUAUGAGGAUCGGAAGAGGUUGCCUUAUACUAAUGCAGUUAUUCAUGAGGUCCAGAGAAUAGCUAAUGUUCUACUGGUUGGAUCCUUCAGAGAAUGUCAAAAAGAUAUCACCUUGCAAGGCUUUCACAUCAAGAAGGGUUCCAUCAUCAUUCCAGAUGUCGCUUCUGUUUUGUAUGAUCCUGAACAUUGGGAGACCCCACGUCAAUUUAAUCCAAAUCACUUCCUGGAUAAAGAUGGGAAUUUCUUUUGCAAAGAAGCCUUCAUGCCAUUUGGAGUUGGCCAUCGUAUUUGUUUGGGGGAGCGUUUGGCAAAGACUGAACUCUUCAUUUUCUUCACCAGCCUCAUGCAGACAUUUAAAUUCCAAUUUCCAGAAGGAGCAAAAGUUAACAUAGAACCUAAGGUUGGAGGCCUAGCCAUGGUUCCACAACCCUACAACAUUUGUGCAAUUCCUUAUUAGAUGUACAUGAAAAAAACUUGCUGAAGACGGCAUGAAGAUGAACGUACUGCAGAAGUUGGCUAUAAUGUAGAUUUUGUUAACCUGAUUUCAAAUUUUCUGCUUUCAUUCAACCCGGGUCUGUUCCUUUUUUAGAUUAUAUUGUAGUGUUUUUGCUGUUAAAAAAGACAAAGAAAAGAUGCAACACCCUCGUCUUUCUUAUUUUAAUAGCAUUCCAAUAGUGAGGGUAUGUGUUAAACCCAGCAAGGUCAAAAUUCUUAGUGCUUAACAGUGGCAUGGUGAGCACUGGUAGAAUACCAGGGGAAAUUGCAGUUGAGGCUUUCUUGGCAAUCUUCAUUUGUUCUUAUAUUUCUUACUAGCUGUGCCCGGCCACGCGUUGCUGUGGCGAAGUAUGGUGGUAUGGUUUUCUUUUUGUUGUAUCAACCUAGAGGCAUGGAUGAUGGGUUGUGUUGUCAAAUUUCGAGGUUGGGGGGCCUGUAGUUUUGUUGUUUUGUGAGUCGCCGUGAUGCCAUCACUCAUUUAUAUAUAUAGAUUGUCAGAAAGUUCUACCUAAUGUUUAGGUGGAAUCUCUUUUCCUGCAAUUUGAAUCCAUUGUGUCCUAGGACUUCAUCACAUGCAAUAAAAUCAGAGUUUCAACACAUUUCAGAAACAGCUACCAACAGAGCCCAUCUCAUGAAGCAAGCCUGUACAGUGGGUUCCAGGUAUUUAACUGUUUCUAAAGUCUGUUUUUUCCUACGCUUCCUAAGUCAAUUGGCAAUCAACGUGUAAAAACGCCCAGUUUACCAUAUGAUGGGAAUUCCCCCUUGCCUGCCUGUCAACAUAACGAAGAUAUGAUCAUGGAGGGAGGAGCCGAGAUGGGCAGAAUUGAUUCUUCCCCCCAUUACCAUUUUGAACCAAGGAAGAAGGAAUGGUGAUUUACAAUCUCUUUUUAAAUGUAAAAUAAAUAGAAUUACCUUUUGAAUUGAGAGCUAUCUGUACUGAGAAAUUGUAACAUCCAAAUUGUCUCUGAAAGACAAUCAGACUUGGUCAUGAGGGAUCACCAAUAGGCAAAUAGUUACUGAUAUGAAGGAAAAGGCUAAGGAACAGUGUAUUAUUUAAAGGGAGAGUAUAUAACUUGUUCAGGGUCACACAGAAGAUUUCAUGGACAAGAAGGGAUUUAAACUCUGGUCUCCCUCAGUGCAAUAAAACUCUCAAAGCAGUAUCCUGUGCUAAUUCUCAGUUUCCUGGUGCUCACAGACCUGCCAGGGUAUCCCAGCACAGACUCAGAUUACCCGUGACACGCUUGGUGUUGUCCAUACCUACGCAGAAGCCAAUUAACACAACACAAUUAAAAUAUUGUGGUUCCACUUUAACUACAAUGGCAACAUCUUAUGGAAUCUUAGGACUGACCAUUUAGGGAGGGGCAUUUCAACUUUCGGCUGGGAGUCUUAGUGCUUCACUAGCCUGUAAACCUUGGGCAAGUUACAGUCUUUAAUUCCCAUUUAUACUGCCAUUGUAGAUGCAUAUAAGGCAGUUAAAGUGCAUUUUAUGAAUCUACACUGAUCAUAUAAUGCAGGCCCAAACUGCAUUAUAUGGCAAUGUAGAUGGAGGUCUCAGACUUAGAAGAAGACAAUGGCGAAACAGACACAUUCCCCAACAAAUUUUGCUAAGAAAACCCUUUUAAAUUGAAACAAGUUGAAGGCAAACAGCAACAAGUAGGUCCUCACUGUUGUUAACCAAUACUGUCCUCCUUUUCCAUUGAUGAAAAUGAAACAUGUACAUCUUCAGGGAGAAAUGUUAGAGAAAUUAGUUCUUUACUCCAUGCAACUCCAUAGCAUGUGAAUCCUUGCCUCCUGUCCUCUAGAAAAUGCCUUUAGAAAUAGUAAAAAGCAACUGUAGAAUCUUCUAAACAGCUCAAGUCACAGACCAUCAUGAGAAAAGAAGACUUGGAUCCAACAAGUCCUCUUCUUCCUUGCCACAGAAAAUCAGAGUGACAUGUUGGUGCUGAGUGGGAUACUACUCACCUGUUUGACUCACCCAGUCGUUCCACAGGGCAAGUGUUUAUUGAAUCAUUGAUAAUAUCAAUAACAUUUGCACAAUGGCAUUUCUUCAGAUGUGUGCCAAUUCAUGCACAAAACAGAAGAGUUUGCACAACCGCUUUUCUUCAGAUGUGUGCCAAUACAUGGGCAAAACAAAAGAGUUUUGAUAGCACAUAUCGAUCUGGCACCAGCUAUUGCUUCAGUACCUUAAUCAUAUAUUACACAUAUCACAUAGAAUCUGAAGCUAAACUUAGCUGUUCUGGAUAUUAUGAUCUUCUUGGUGAGAAAUAAGAAAAACAAAUGCAUGUCUUUUCUUUAUAGGUAUGAACACUCCUCCACUACCACAUUUCAAAUGAAUUUAUUUUAUUUCUAUCAGGUUUUAUUCAUUCUCCAUCUUUCAGAACCAUUGAAUAAAACUCAAAAUACAGAGGGGUGGAUUUUAGUAUUUAUUGAUAUAUCUUUAUACUUCAGGAAAUUGUCUAUUUCCUUCAUAACUGCCCUUUCAAGCCCACAUCUUCUGCUUUCUUGAUUGCAAUUUGCAUCCUGAUUUGGACACUGAUUUGGAUUAUUUGACUAAAUGAUUGCCUCCCCACUCUGUACUCAUUCUAUGGUGAAUGUUCUAUAUAUCAUACAGCCUGUUGCAUUCCCAAGGUAAAAUAGCAAAGCAGUUUAAAGAUAGAUAGAUAGAUAGAUAAAUAGAUAGAUAGAUAUUCAGCAAAACAGUAUAAAAAUCAAAAGUCCAAAGAUCAGGAAUAGUCCUCAGAAUACAAAGUACAUUCUAUGCAUAAAACAGGAAUGCAAAAGCAGGAUAAAUCCAAAACAUGGAAUACCAGAACAGUUUUUAGAAACUUGAAACAUAAAACAUGAACACAAGGAAACCUGGAACUAGAAAUCCCUUAGAAGACUUGACUUGACAGAAGUUCUAUACUCUAGCAUCAACGUUGCCUAGACUGACAAAAUAACCUGCUGGUUUCUCUAAUAUAGACAGAAAAUCAUGCUGUUUCUCCUGAAAAACUGAUAAGGACUUUUUGGCUAAUAAGCGACUUGACCUUUGCACUCUCUCUUGAGAAGCUCUAUGUUAAUGGAACAUAAAUUUCCUAUCUAUCUGCUGCUCAUUAGUCUGUCCACCCAGGCUUUCAUUUUCAUCCCCUGAGCUCAAUUCUGUCUCUGACCUUGCAUCUCUAGGGAACUGUUUUCCUGGAAUGUGGCCUCCCUCAGACAGAGAGAUCUCAUUCUCAGGGCUUAAAAUCUCUUGAUUCUCCUGCUGGUCUGUAGGCCCAGAAUCCCCAAUGUCGUCAUCAGACUGCCUAACAGGCCCAAAGAGAUCAGGCACAGCCUACAUAUUAAGUAUAAUAAUCAGUCUCAAAUAUUCUUCAAAUUUGGUGAAUAUGGAGGGCUACAGUCAGCUUUAUGGAUUUCCUUAUUUGUGGACUUGUCUAACAUGUUCUACCUAGGAAUCUGUAGUCCUCCACCUUGACUUUAUGGUCAUCUUCAGCUAGACGUUACCCAUAGAGUUGCACUAGAGGAUCUAGAAAUUCUUAGAGAGCCUACUUCUCUAGGCAAUUGUAGAUCUUCUAACACAAUCCUAUGGUCAAUUUCUGGCAGACGUUGACCACAUAAUUUUACAGGAGGACCAAGAGAUUCCUAGAGAGAUAUUCUCUAAGGUUGAAAGAUUGGGUUUUUUAUUUGUGCUUUUCCAACCUUCAUGGAGUUCCUGUACCCCUAAGCCCAGCUAAUGUGGGAGUCCCAUUUAUUAUCACAUUCCAUACUACCAAAUGGAUAGAAACUUGUGUCUGCACAGAUACACAACCACACAUAACAUUUAGCAAUUGUUAUACAACAUCUCACUGCCUCACUGACAUCCCCAGGAUGCAAUGUUGGGCGUAGUUUUAUGAUUCAUUGCUCUGACUUCCAAUUAGAUUGAAUUUAUCAGGGCUCCCCAAUCAUGACGCUUUGGGUGAGGAUUGGAUGGUGAAACAAUAUGUUUCAAUAGUCUUCUGGUAUUUGAUACUGUUUGAGAUUGAAUUGUUCAAGAUCACCUGAAUGAUCUUGAAUCUUUGGAUUCAAAUUUUGGCCUUUUAGCAUCAAAGUCCAAUGCUGAAAACAACUAUCAUAGUGCCUCUCUUUUAAGUUCUAUAUGUCUGUACAUUAAACAAACAACAAAGAAUGUGAUGAAGUGUUAGUUCCCCAUAAUUUUUUAUUUUCACAAUUUCAAGUUCAUUCCAUCCUAUAUUUGUGGAUUUUAACCUGGCCAUUCAAUCACUGCUGCUAGAAAGUGAUCUGCGUGAGUUAUUGUUAUCUUUCAUAACAGCCUUAUUAGGUAGGCUAGGUUGCAACCAUUUCCCAUGUAUCACAUGUUGAAUUUCCCAUCCUGAAUUGAGUACUUAUUCAUUCCACAUUUUGUAGUUAUCCAAGUUCGUGUUUAAAUAUGCAAUUAGGCCUGCCCAGAUGUUGGUAAAGCAUGUAAAUCAGAAUGCAGAGACAUACAAAGGGAUUCAUCUCCUCCAUCCUGGUUUGACUGAAAGAACCCUAAUUAAUCCUCUUUGUCACACUUUUCACCUGAUUUUGAAAUGUCUCAAUUUCCCAAUUUCUCCUGAGCCUAUUUCAUUUGAUACAAACCCAGAAUGGAUCCGUGUUGUAGAAUUAAUGCAGUCUGACACCACUUUAAGUGCCAUGGCUCAAUGCUAUGGAAUCCUGGGGUCUGUAAUUGGGUGAGGCAUCAGCACUCUUUGAAAUAGAAGGCUAAAGACUUUGUAAGAGAAACAGAUACAAGUUUCAAACAGGGCAAUGACAGUUUAUUAAAUUUCCUACCAGACCUGGGAACCAAUCAGCUACAGAAGGGGACAGCCUACCUCCACCAACCACCGAUCAUAACGUGCACCUUCCAACCAGAGCAGCAAAAACCUAUUGUUUGAAAGCUGUCAAGUCUGUAUAAAUAUCUCUGUAAAUAUCCAUUGCUUUUAUGUCUGAUUUGAGAGAGCAGGCUCUCCAAUAUCCACUUUUGGCUAAAGCAAAUCAAGCCUCUGAUCCUUGACUUCAACCCUUUCAUACCCUGUUUCCCCUAAAAUAAGACAUCCCCAGAAAAUAAGACCUAGUAGAGGUUUUGGUGAAUUGCUAAAUAUAAGGCCUCCCCUGAAAGUAAAGACCUAGCAAAGUUCUUAUUUGGAAGCAUGCCCACCAAACAGAACACCUGAGCAUGUAGGAUCGGUAAAUGUACGUACCAUAAAGUGUUGUACAUGGAAAUAUUGAUAGUAACAAGAAAUUCUUGAUAGGAUUCACAGUUUGUCUGGUUAUGCUGGUUUAUGAUGACAACUACUGUACAGUAUAUAAUAAAUGUCCAUUUUUUUGUUCAACAAUAAAUGUGAAUUCUUCUUCAUGGAAAAAUAAGGCAUCCCCUGAAAAUAAGACCUAGAGCAUCUUUGGGAGCAAAAAUUAAUAUAAGACACUGUCUUAUUUUCGGGGAAACACGGUAUCUUAUUUGAUCCUUCAGAACCAGGACCCCGAACCUGAAGUUCUUGUGGAGCUGAAAACACAUAUCACUAUCACUAGAGUUGAUGUAACCCAAGGUGGUAAUGCAUAGGGUCACCAGAUUGCACAACAUCCAAAUUUUACAAAAUGUUUUCUGUUACGCAAUGUUAUUACAUAAAUCAUUGCUUGUAAAUUUGAUAAAAUUAGUGACUACAAAAACUAAUGAAUACAAUAGCACAUACUGCCUCUCUUUUAAGUUCUAUAAGUCUGUGCAUUGUAGCAUGUACAGAGAAAACCACAUGAUUCAAAAUGCCAUUGUAGUUACUGGGUAGCACAGUGGGAAUUGCCUAGAUCACUCAUACAAUCCUUUGCAUGUCUCUCUGUAGGGGUUUGUCCAUGCCCUUAGUAAUAAUUUUAUUUCUGUAUUUGCCAUAUUUAUAUCCUACCCUUCUCACCCCAGAGGGGACUCAGAGCGGUGCACAUAAAGGCACAAUUUGAUGCCAUACACAUGUAUCCAGCAAAUAAAACAUAUAUAUUAAAACAUCUACUAAAACAUUUCAACAAUUAAUCUUAUGUUUAUGUGGCUGAGAACCUCAAACCAUCCUGCAAGGAAAAAGAAAUAGUAAGAAGCGUUGAUAUGAUCCCUGAUGAUUUCCCACUAAACCCAAACAUUUUUAGCAGGCAAGUGACAUAUCCAUCAUGUUGAAUGACAUUUGUGAGAGGAAAUUGAGUUAUAUGGCACAUUUGUUGUAGUAGUAUAACUACAGCAUAGCUAGCCUACAUAUCAGUUGCCUUAUGUGUAUACGUGUGUGUAUGUGUUUGAUUGUUGAAUUUAACUAUACAUGCAUUUUAAAUUUUAUAAUUCAUGGUUUAAUAGAGUCUAAUUAGAGUUUUAAUUGAUGUGGUACUGUUUUAUUGUUUAUUGAUAUGUUGUUGUUUUAUUAAAUGUAUUUUGGGCAAUGUAAUUUGCUGACUGUUGUAAGCCGCCCUGAGUCUCUCUGGGUGAGAAGGGCGGGGUAAAAAUGAUGCAAAUAAAUAAAUAAAUAAAAAUCCAUCAAAA